UAGAAGAACAACAUGAAGAGGUUAAAAAAAGGACAAACAGCUGAACUGUGGACAGAUAUAAGAUAGAGGAGUAAAAAGGGACUGUUGUUUUCUGCUGACCUUAAAAUAUAUUCUUGCUUGUGGGAUUGACCUCUUUUUGAGAAAACUAUAUAAAUAGAUAAAAACUUAAAAGUUCUCUGAAAAUUAAACCUGCAGGAUUCACAACCUCACAAUCAGAGCUGCAGUUAGAGUCGGAGCAACAAUGGAAAUACGAGAGCUUCAACGUCACACUCCUGAAAUGAAACUUAGAGUUUGCCAGAGUUACAGCAGAGCUGCAGCAGAGACCAGUCUCUGUGUUUCUGUGUGAAGAAAUAAUAAACUGAUCAGGACUUUCUCAACAACUGACUCAAAUACUGGUGCUUCCGGCGCUGGUGCUGAGGAGAGAGCAUCCCCCGCUGCACUCAGGCCCGCUGUGUGAGGAAGAGGACGAUUAUUGAUACCGUUAACGUUAUCGAUCAUAUGACUCCACCGCCGUGAGCUCAGAGGUCGCGGUCUCAGGCUGCCGGUGACUCCCGGGGCUCAGCGAUGGUGGAUUUGUCCCAGAGUGCUGCAGUGUCGCCCGGGCACGGCAGACACGGACCGGGCUCCGGUAACAACGGGAAGAAAACGUCGAAAAAGUCGCGAACGAGAAGAGGCAAACGCGGCCGAAGGAGAAGGAAUAAAAAGAACAACAGGAACAACAAAACACCGCCACCGUACUUCCCACCGGAGGCUGAAGAAGGAAACAUUGAGUACAAGCUGAAGCUCGUCAACCCGACUCAGUAUCGCUUCGAGCAUCUGGCCACGCAGCUCAAGUGGCGUCUGCAGGAGGGCCGCGGCGAGGCCGUCUACCAGAUCGGCGUGGAGGACAACGGCCUGCUGGUCGGCCUGACGGAGGCCGACAUGAAGGCCUCGCUCAAGACCUUGAAGAGGAUGGCGGAGAAAGUCGGCGCCGACAUCACUCUCCUCCGAGAGAGGGAGGUGGACUACGACUUGGACAGAAACACCCGUAAAAUCGCAGAAGUCCUGGUUCGAAAGGUUCCCGAUGAUCAGCAGUUCCUGGACCUGCGGGUGGCGGUUCUGGGGAACGUGGACUCUGGUAAGUCGACGCUGCUCGGCGUCCUGACGCAGGGCGAGCUGGACAACGGCCGAGGCCGAGCGCGGCUCAACCUCUUCAGACAUCUGCACGAGAUCCAGACGGGACGCACGUCCAGCAUCAGCUUCGAGAUCCUCGGCUUCAACAGCAAGGGAGAGGUUGUGAACUACAGCGAGUCUCGGACCGCAGAGGAGAUCUGUGAGAGCUCCUCUAAGAUGAUCACCUUCAUUGAUCUGGCCGGACACCACAAGUACCUGAAGACGACCAUCUUCGGCCUCACCAGCUACUGCCCCGACUUCGCCAUGCUGGUGGUGAGCGCCAACACCGGCAUCGCCGGUACGACCCGGGAGCACCUGGGCCUGGCCAUGGCGCUGAAAGUUCCCAUCUUCAUAGUGGUCAGUAAAGUGGACCUGUGCUCCCGCGGCACCGUGGACCGAACCGUCCGGCAGCUGGAGCGAGUCCUGAAGCAGCCGGGCUGCAACAAGGUCCCGAUGGUGGUGUCCAACCCCGACGACGCCGUGACGGCCGCGCAGCAGUUCGCCCAGUCUGCGUGCAUCACACCUAUCUUCACCCUGUCCAGUGUGUCCGGAGAGAGUUUGGAUCUCCUGAAGGUUUUCCUGAACAUCCUCCCUCCGCUGAGCAACAGCAAGGAGCAGGAGGAGCUGAUGCAGCAGCUCACAGAGUUCCAGGUGGAUGAGAUCUACUCAGUUCCUGAUGUCGGGACUGUGGUCGGAGGAACUCUGUACAGUGGAGUGUGCAGGGAGGGCGAGAGGCUGGUGGUCGGUCCGACAGACGAGGGCCGCUUCCUGCGUCUGAAGGUGGGCAGCAUCCAGAGGAACCGCUCGGCCUGCAGGGUGCUGAGGGCCGGGCAGGCCGCCACGCUGGCUCUGGGAAACUUUGACCGCUCGCUGCUGCGUAAGGGUAUGGUGAUGGUCAGCCCCAAGAUGAACCCGACCAUCUGCUGCCAGUUUGAAGCCGCCAUCGUCUUGCUCUUCCACGCGAAGACCUUCCGCCGGGGCUCGCAGGUCACUGUGCACGUGGGCAACGUCCGGCAGACGGCCACGGUGGAGUGCCUUCACGGGAAGGAGGAGCUGCGCACGGGCGAGAGAGCCGUGGUCCGCUUCCGCUUCAUCAAACACCCCGAGUACCUGCGGCUGGGCGCCAAGCUGCUCUUCAGAGAGGGCGUCACCAAAGGCAUCGGCCACGUCGCCCGCCUGCUGCCCCCCUCCCAGAACCAUGACCAGAACCAGAACCACGACCAGAACCUGCAGGAGCAUUAAAGACCUCGGCUCCCUCCGUCAUCCUCCGUCACAGCGUCGACAGAUGUCGAUCUCCGUGAGAACUGACCGACCGGUCGCCGCGUGUCCUGGAUGUAUAGUUCUGACCCCAUUGGCCCCCCCGCUGUGAUGUCAGAGAAUCCAUCAUCAUCAUCUUCUUCCUCCCAGCAGACGUUCGGGUCUUGAGUUAAAGCUGGCUGACCUCAGUGGAUUUAAGCCUCAGUGGACGGUUAAUCUGAUGUUGUGCCACAGUUGGAUUGAAGAGGAUCCGUUUCCGCAGUGAGACGACAGCGGGAUUAUUUUUUGGGGUGAUUUGAGGAACGCAGUGCGAUUCUUCAGAUGGGGGAGAGGAGGAAGGAUUGACCUCUGCAUCCCUCCCAAACACGCCAUCUCUACACGCUCAGACUUUGAAGAGGAGGAUUAUUUCCAGAAGGAGCUCGUUCAGAAACGUGAUGAUGGUUUUGUUUUGCAUGUUUUCAGCACAUAAACUUGAAACGGUGAAUGUUCUGUAUCGCUGCGGAGCGGUUUGCGUGGAGUACGGUGGGUGUCGAGCACUGAGGUGUUACGGUCACACUGUGUAUGUACGUAUGUCCUAUAAACAUGGAUGAACUGCUGUACACUGUUCUGAUCACAUAUUACUGACACGUGUGUGGGAUUUAUUAAUGGGAGCAUCGAUUAAUAAUCUGCGUGCACAAGUUAAAAAAUGACGCCUCCGGAGCUCCGCACGCAACAAGAGUUUAGACUGUUGGAAGGAUUAUUAAAUCAUUAUUAAUGAUUUUAUUUUCAUUGCUCAUUCUAUUGUUCUCUCUUCUUUUGCACUUUAUUCACUUUUAAUUAUAAUGAUGAAUCCCUACAGACGAGGAACGCACCGGUACAACUACUCAGAUACCGCUUUAUGGCAUCGGGAAUAACACAGAAUAACAAAACCUACAGUUCCUCUAACGUCCACUAGGGGUCGGCUCCAGCAGUGAGUCAGUCUCCAUAAGGACCCACUUUGUCUAUAUAGUGACGACGAUUGUUGAUCUGCAGUGACACAACAUAACUGUGAAUCAGUAUUCUUAUUUUAUGCUAUGAAAUCGGCAAAAACCUCAGAUUUUACAUUUACCGGCAGUCAAACUGGAGGCUCUGCUUUCACCCAAAAGUGGGCGGGGUCAUGACGAAGUACCCAGAUGUGCUGCUCUCAUCUAUAGAUUAUUCUAUAUACUAUAUUGGAGUGUUUCAAAGCAACUUUUGCAACAUUUAAUUUGUUAUGGUCAGAAGAUGAGGAACAUCUGAUUUAAAUACAAUCGUCUUCAAACUGUGACGGUAUUAUUAAGCACUCAUCUGUAAAGUACACACGGUGUGUAAACCGUGGCAUCGGUGCGUCCCUGGUGUCCAUUCAGCUGUCAGAUAGUUUUACAUUUUGUUCGUGGGUUGACGUAUUAAUGAAAUGUUGGAGGAAGCUUCAGCGCUGAAGAUGCGUAGAUGUUGUUUUUACACUUCACAGCCUCACAUUCAGUCUGUGGGGAUUCGUCCGCUCUCUACUCGCCCUGUUGAACUUCGUACAUUCAGUAUCUGCAUUUACAGACGAAAUCUUUGCAUCCUGAGUUCCAGUUUGUUCCGACUGUUUAGUGACGAUAUGAAACGUUUGAUGUAUCGGGCAGCUUAUUGCAGCUAAACAUAACCUGCAUGCUCUUUGACUGGCAGAAAAAAACAACUAAUCCUCUCAUUGAAAAAAUAAAAUAUGUAUCCAGUGUUGAAACUGUUUUUAAUUUUUUUGAGGUUCUGUGCAAUCGUAAACCUAAAUAUCGAAUGUACUUUCCAUGGAUCCUGUGUAGCAUUUGAAAUUGCUUCUUGUUGACUUUGCACUUUGUAUUCUGCAGAACGAUGAAGACGUGUGAGACGUUUAAACAUUAAAGAGUGACUUCAUCAGUUUGUUUUUCCCGACCGUCCCUCGAGCUAAUAAAAACGGUUGACAAAUGA